GCGAAUGCAGGUUCGGCGUCGAGGCGAGCCGAGGAAGCACGACAGCCAAGGACCUCUCUCUGAGCGAAUCGCGGGGGAUCGGAGCGGUGAGGCGGCCCCUUCGAAGACGGCUGUUAAGGUAGCGCGAGGAGCUCUGAGGGUAGCUUUGAUGAUCGGCCACGCGGUGAGAGCCGUCCGUCGGUGAUGGACAAUGAGCAGCCCCACCAAGAGCUGGUCAAGUGCGUGGUCGUGGGCGACACGGCGGUCGGGAAGACCCGGCUGAUCUGCGCCCGAGCCUGCAACAAACACGUCUCACUGUCCCAGCUGCUCACCACUCAUGUGCCCACCGUUUGGGCCAUCGACCAGUAUCGGAUGUACAAGGAUGUGUUGGAGCGCUCCUGGGAAGUUGUUGAUAAUGUGAACGUGUCGUUGCGACUAUGGGAUACUUUUGGCGAUCACGAGAAGGAUCGAAGAUUCGCCUACGGCAGGUCAGACGUUGUGCUACUAUGCUUUUCCAUAACGAACCCCGUGUCGCUGAGAAACUGCAAGGCAAUGUGGUACCCGGAGAUUCGUCGCUUUUGUCCUCAGACUCCGGUGCUGUUGGUAGGCUGCAAGAACGAUUUGCGAUACAUGUAUCGCGACGAAGCUUACCUCAGCUACUUUCGCGAUCGAAGUCCGUUUGUCAGAGCUACUCGUAAGAGUGACCUGGUGAUGCCGGACCAGGCACGCGCCGUCGCCAAAGAACUCGGCGUUUGCUACUAUGAAACCAGCGUCUUCACGUAUUACGGCGUCAACGAGGUCUUCGAGAACUCGAUAAGGGCGGCGCUUAUCGCCCGUCGGCAGCAGAGGUUCUGGAUUACGAAUUUGAAGAGGGUUAAGAGGCCGCUACUUCAGGCUCCAUUCUGCCCGCCGAAACCAAUACCACCAAAGGUCAGCUUGGCCCAGAGCACUUACGAGGAAAACGUCAAGUCCUUGUGGACCCAUCCCGACCACACGGACGUGACUCUCGUUGUCGGUAACUACUCAUUCGCAGCCCACCGGUGCUUCUUGGCAGCCGCGUCACCGGCUUUCCAUCGCCUCUUCACUAUGGAGCUCAUCCACGAGUACACGCCCAGAAGUUCCAGCGAAUCUAGUAUGGUCAGUUCGUUCGGUGAGGCUACCGUUGGUGACUUCAAUGACGACACGGAAUGUCUAAUUCGCAUUGAUCAGAAUAAAACCAAUAAGGUUUGGGAUCAACUUAAACGGCGAUCCAGCUUUCAAGUAUUACCAACACUAGACUCACAAAGAAAAACAAUGGGAACCGUUAGAGAACUAAAUCAUCCUGCCUUUCAGAGUAUUCGCAUUGUCGUGAUUGAAAAUAGCAAUGGAGAUCAUCAUCAGGCAACGAUUGUAACUCUAUCGAAGCUUAUAACAAGCCAAUCGAUGCAGCAGUGUUUACAAUUCAUCUAUACAGGCAAUUUCGACAAGCGCUAUCACGAUCUUAAAGAAUUCAAACAAGCGGCUGAAUUUUUGCAACUACCGCAGCUUCUAAUGGUUUUGGACAAUAUGCAAUCGCGAGAGCAAUACAUGAAUAGCGACAUGAAUAACCAAUUCAAACAAAUUGUGAGACAAAGGCUCGAAACACUAUGCCUCGAACAAGGACUUUUUGCUGAUGUAGUUUUUGAUUUGGAUGACGGCAGCUUGCCAGCUCACAGAGCCAUUUUAACUGCUCGAUGUGACAUGAUGAAAGCUAUGUUUUCCGGUGAUUUUCGCGAGAGCAGUGCAAAAAUUAUUGUAUUUCCUGGCGUUCGUGAAUAUACAUUCCACAAACUCCUCUGUUAUCUAUACACGGACGAAGUUCCAGCAAUAUCGUCCGCCCGAUGCUUGAAUCUCCUUGAAUUGGCUAAUCGAUUAUGUUUACCACGUUUGGUAAAUCUUGUGGAAAAUCGCGUUAUCGAGGAUUUGGACAGACUAUCGCAAAAUGAUGGAAACGAGGCUGUAGAAAAUUGUUUACGACUAUUGGAGCCCUGUAAGUUGCAUAAUGCAGACCAACUCGCCGAUUGGUGCAUGAACCAUUUAUGCGUCAAUUACAAUAAACUCUGUAAAAUGUCACCUCGUAGUUUACGACUCCUGCACCCUGAGAAUCAGGAAUAUCUAAGUGAAAAUCGUUGGCCUCCUGUUUGGUAUCUCAAGGACUACGACUACUACCAGAAAUGUUUGGCCGAGCAGGAUCGCGAGAGCAAGCCAACAUUGAAACGGAACCGCAAUCAAUCAAGCGGCGGCUGCCUCUGCUUCUCGAGUUCCAACAAGUCGCGGCGCUCCUGCUCCGGCAUCCUGGCGACCUCGACGACCACGACGACGAUGACGACGACUACGACGCAGCUCGCGAGCGAGCCUACGUCCGAGCGCCAACUUUUCGAAUCGGCCGUGAUCGCCGACGCCACGGAUAGCGUAUGACAGGGGCCGAGCGGCCUGCGCCGCUCCAUCAAAUUCGUCCUCGUCCUGCCAAUAUUUCUCGUCGUUAUCUGCACGAUUUUUACCAUUUUGAUACUGCUACAGAUUUACGCUUAAGCGACCUCGAGUUUUUUUUUUUUAUAGCAACGCCCGAAGCAGUGCACUUCGGUUUUUAGAGGACUUUUAUUUGUUUCAAGGGGUGUGCAAAGAUAAUAUUUGUGACUGGCGAUAAGCGACCGAGCGAGCGCCUUUACAUUCUUACCUGGAGAAUUUCGAUUUUUUGAAAGCGAGGAUUAAUGGCCGAACCGCGCCAAUAACUCCUCUAUUAAUGCGUAAAGUUUAGAAUUGAGUCACGAGACUUUAAAGCUAUCGUGUGUUAACUUGACUUAACUGAAAAUCAUACUGUUUAUAAAAAUCUUUGGUGUUUUGAUUUUUGUUUAAGAAAAUUAUAUGAUCGUGUUUGCUUGAAAAUUGAAAAUUGCUUACAAAGAUAAGCUAGUAUUGGCGAAUGAAGAAAAGUAUAUUUUAUUUUUAAUCCAGUCAAUUAUUAGAUAAUGUCGGUCACUAGUACAUUUUCGAACAUAAAGUAUAUCUUUCAUACUCCUCAUAACUUUUCCUCUCACUCAACCACUCAUUCGUCUCUCUCUCUCUCUCUC